CUCAAAGCAGCAACAUCUCGGAGACAGUAAUCGGAAUCGGAGGCGCGCGUCCGUGUAGUCGAAAGUGAUAAAGAAGGACUUCGUUCGGAUUUGUCCUUCUAGUACCGAAAAAAAAAACAAGGGUUGCGAGCUGCGGUAGCUUCUUCGCAAUCGCCCAGCAGAAUGAACGAGUUUUUCAUCGGCAGCACAACUCACGAACAGCGGAAAACAAACAUGCGUUCCACCUACAGUGGCAGUGCGCAAGAAAUCCGAAAAGUGCGUCUGGUGCAGCGAUAAACCCUCGGAACCUGUCUUUUGUGCAAAAGUGUCCUGUUCCAAAAAGGUGUCCACUGGCCAUCUUGAAGUAGGAGAAUUAGCGAAAUAAUUAGAAGAAGAAAAGCGCAAUGUGGUGCCUCGUGAAUCUACCGAACGGGACGACCUCCGGGGUCCAGUGUGACCCGAAGCGCAUCAGCCAGGAGUGUCUGGAGAAGGUCUGUGCCGAUUUGGGUAUCAUCUGCGAGACGGACUACUUCGGCCUGAUACCGGUUCGAGUCGGGGACAAUGUGGCGGACGUGGACGAGUGUAGCGCCAAGCAGUGGAUUAAUCUGCGUAACCCGCUCAACCUCUACACCAAUGACCGUGCCCAUCCGUUGCUGCUGUCGUUGCGGGUAAAGUUCUGGGUACCGGCGCAUCUGAUCUUGCAAAGCAGUGUCCGGGCACUGUUCUACAUGCAGGCCCGCCAGGAGCUGUUCGAUGGGCAUCUGCGACCAUCGAGCUGGACCAAUGCGGCCUAUCUCGCCGCGCUGCUUCUGCAAGCCGAUGGCAUCAAGUAUGACCCAGCGAAGGUACCGCAAUCAACUGAGCUCGCGGAUACAAACUCCUCGUCCUUGACCACGGCACUCGCUGCAUCCCCAGCGAACACCGGUCUGACCGCAGCGGAUCGUCGGCCAACCCUUCAGCAGCAGCAGCAGCAGCAGCAACAGCAGCAGCAACUUAGGCGUCCAUCGAAGCGAAAGUGCUCGGAAAUCGAGUGCAAACGGGGUAGCGUUAGCUCGCAGAGUUCCUCCCCACCGACCGGAUGGCAUUUGGAUGAUCUCGGUAGGCGAUCCCGGGGACUGUCGCCCGUCACGCCUACCACUUCCGGUGGCGGUGUUACCGAAGAGGAGCUGUCGAAGGGAUGUACGGCAACGAACAUCUACCACCAGUACGGUGCGCUCAGGCCAGCAUUUGAGUCCGAGGAGGAGCAGGAGGAGGAGGUAGAAGAAGAGCGCCGGCAGACCGUGCAACAACAGGAGGAGCAACCUCAGCCGGACGAUUACUAUCAGCUGAUUGCCCGGGAGCACGAGAAGCUUUCGUUGAUCAAGAUGAGUGCCACCUCGGCACAGUACUGGCUGCUGGAGGAGAUCUGCAGCCUGAUCGGGUACGGAGAGGAAAUCUUCGAGGGUGUUACGAUCGCCGAACCGUCCGUCGUUUGUAAGAUUGGCGUCAGCCCCCAUGGGUUGACGAUCGUCAAGGAUGAAGAAAAGUAUCGCGUUUCAUUCACCGCCGUCAAGGCAGCAAAAUCGAUCAAACGGUCUUUCCGGUUGACGUACGUGAACGAGCACCACGAGGAAUCGCACGUGGAGCUGAAGCUACCGAACCAUCGGACGGCGGCCUCGCUCUAUCGGGCGAUCACCGAGAAGCACGUGUUCUACUCGUGCGAAACCGUACGCCCCAUCGUGACGACACAGUUUAUCCGCGAUCUGAAGGGUACGAUCGUGUCGAUGUUUAACGAGGAUACCGAGCUGGGCAAGCGGUACGUGUUCGAUAUACAGCGAACGUGCCGCGAGGUGUACGAUGCCGCCCGCCGUACGCUGCAUGCACGCGGCAUCGAGAUCAGCAACAAGGCGGAAGAACACCGGGAAAAUCCGGUGGCGGCCAUGAGUCGGCUGGAGGAGACGAUGCGUACGCAGCGCGAAACCAACGCCCAGCUGGAGCGAUUGAUCGAUGAGCGGAUACGGGAGGCGAUCACUUGUCCGAUCUGUGCCGACGGGGUGAUCGAUACGACAUUCCUGCCCUGCGGUCACAUGACAGCCUGUCGAGCUUGCGCUGUACAGUGUGAUCGUUGUCCACUGUGCCGUUCGAAUAUAAAGAGCAUCAACAAGAUCUUCUUGCCACCUCUGCUACGAUCACGCAAAAGUACUAUCGCGCAAGGAGGAUCGAACGAUCCCACUUGUCAGCCCGAGGAGCAGCAGGGGGAAGAGGAGGAAAAGGAUGUUCCCGAGCUGCCCAAGGAACACGCCAGACCGCCGGCACAGCUGGUGCAGUGAGCGAGUGAACGAGAAAAGGCGUGGUAGAGAAGCGAAUUGGUGAUAUUAUUUGUUAAAUGUACUGUUGAAUGUGAAUCGAUCGAGUGCAGCAGUGUAGAGGCAAGCAAAAAAAACAAACAAUAAUGGAAAGAAUUUGAAGGUGGUCGAUACAGACUCGCUGUAAAGCAAACUACUAUGGAGUCAGCCGAAUCAAUGCAAAUAAUUAAUCUAUUACCACUAGCUGUAGUCCGAGGCAUCGCACGCGUUAGUAGCUAAGCCGUUAAGUUUAUCGAUGUUGGUUAGUUUUUUAAAACCGCGACCCAUUGAAGCUGCGCAUGGUGCAGCCUUUUCAUAUGUUUACAGUACUUUUGGAAAGCCUAACAUUUACUAAAUGGUUACUUUUUUUCCUUGAUGGAGCGAAUGGCUCCGCUCAGGCUUCAGUUUAGUUUUGUAGGAAAGUAUUGUGCUCCCCCUUCCAAGCAAUAUUACCAUUCGGUUUAUGCAAGAAUACUAGUCUAACAUAUCGUUUUAACACUUUCCAUUAACAGGCCCACAGUUAGUAGAGAUCCUGUUUACCUUGUGUAAGAUAUCGCUAGUUGUUAGUAUAUAGUUGCCGCCGCUUCUAAGAAGUUCCAGGCACCGUUAGGCAUCGCUUAGAAUGUGAACAUGAUAGAAACGGAGAGAACAGAACAGAAGAUUGAAAUGUUACAUGUUACAGAGCAGCAGCAAAAAAGAGGAAAUAAUUUUUAACCUACCAUGUAGCCGCGGUGUGUUUGUACGCACGCCGGCUGGAACUCAGUGUUUGGUCGAUGAAUAAAAUCUCGAUCCGAAUAGUGAUGCAAACUGAA